AUGAAUCAGCCAAACUACGCUCGUUGGUCUGUCGCUUACUUAAUCAAUUUAAUCAGGUUGAAAACAGAAAAUUCGCCAUUGGUGUUGCAAUUCCAUCAAGGAGCUUUUGGUGUCAAACGCACAUCCAAUAAGUUAGCACGCGCUCCAGUCGAUUUGACUCUCGAGCAAACAAUCAACGCGGAUGAUGGUAAUAAAUUGACGGAAGUUAGUCACCUGACUGAUUCCUUUUCUGCGCGUCAAAGGUGGGCUUUAAGUCACAGCAUGCGAACAAAAAUCAUUUCUAAAGUUUUAGAAGGUGUCUCCCUUUCUCGAAAAGAUGACGUUUCCCAUUCUUUAAAAUCCGAUAGAAAAAAGAAAGAUCGUAAACAUCUCGACUUAAUCAUUCAAACUAUACAUGAUAAUAUGAAUUCUUUUAGUGCAACCGUUGAUCAGAAAGAACUGUUUAACAUUUCCACUGGAAAAGCGGCUUCUAGUUCAGUAAUUGAUUGGGACAGUAGAGAAUUGGGACGCGUAAAAAAAUAG